GCUAAUCGAUCCAACGCUCCCCCUCUCCUCCUAUUUAAAGAAACUGGGUGCGUAGUGCACCCUCGCUAGUGUGCGUCUCAUUUCUCCCUCUUUUGUCUCUCUCCUCCGUUCUCUAUCUCCCUCCGUCGACCAGCAUGGCGAGCUCCGCGGUGGCGAACGGCGGCGCGAAGGGGCCGUCGCCGGGGCGCGUCGCCGCCGUGUACAGCGAGGUCCAAACGAGUCGCCUCAAGCACCCCCUCCCCCUCCCCUCCGUCCUCCGCGGCGCCUUCAAGAUCGUCGAUGGCCCCCCGAGCUCCGCCGCAGGAAACCCCGAUGAGAUCGCGAAGCUGUUUCCGAAUCUGUAUGGUCAGCCGUCGGCGUCGCUGGUGCCAACUGGCGCUGUGCCUUCGGAGAUCGCCGGAAGUGCUCUCAAGAUCGGCGUCGUUCUCUCCGGUGGCCAGGCUCCCGGAGGCCACAACGUGAUAUCCGGGAUCUUCGAUUAUUUGCAGGAGAUGGCUAAAGGGAGCGUCCUGUACGGAUUCAAAGGAGGUCCCGCGGGCAUCAUGAGAUGUAAAUAUGUCGAACUUACUACGGACUUCAUCUAUCCUUACAGGAACCAGGGUGGAUUUGACAUGAUUUGCAGUGGGAGGGAUAAGAUUGAGACUCCAGAACAGUUUAAGCAAGCUGAAGAGACGGUCUCAAAACUCGAUUUGGAUGGACUUGUUGUUAUUGGCGGAGAUGACUCAAACACCAAUGCAUGCCUUCUCGCUGAAAACUUUAGGGCAAAGAGUAUGAAAACUCGGGUUAUUGGAUGCCCAAAGACAAUAGAUGGUGAUUUGAAAAGCAAGGAAGUUCCAACAAGUUUUGGGUUUGACACUGCUUGCAAGAUUUAUUCUGAAAUGAUUGGAAAUGUGAUGACAGAUGCAAGAUCAACUGGAAAGUACUAUCACUUUGUGAGGCUUAUGGGACGUGCUGCUUCUCACAUCACUCUGGAAUGUGCUUUACAAACACACCCGAACAUCACUUUAAUUGGAGAAGAGGUGGCCGCCAAGAAGCAAACUCUCAAAGAAGUAACAGACUACAUUACUGACAUCAUAUGUAAGCGUGCAGAGCUUGGUUACAAUUAUGGUGUCAUCCUUAUACCAGAAGGCCUAAUCGACUUCAUUCCUGAGGUUCAGCAACUUAUUGCCGAAUUGAAUGAGAUCUUAGCUCAUGAUGUUGUAGAUGAAGAGGGGGUGUGGAAGAAGAAACUUCGAGAGCAAUCCCGGUUUCUAUUUGAAUUUCUACCCCAAGCUAUUCAAGAACAACUUCUUCUGGAAAGAGAUCCACACGGAAACGUACAGGUUGCCAAAAUUGAAACUGAGAAAAUGCUUAUCUCUAUGGUUGAAACUGAGUUAGAGAAGAGGAGAUCUGAAGGGAAAUAUGCUGGACAUUUUAGAGGACAAUCCCACUUUUUUGGUUAUGAAGGAAGGUGUGGUUUGCCUACAAAUUUUGAUGCUUCCUAUUGUUAUGCAUUGGGUUAUGCUGCUGGAGCUCUUCUCCAUUCUGGAAAGACUGGCCUUAUUUCUUCGGUUGGUAACUUGUGUGCUCCUGUCGAAGAAUGGACUGUUGGAGGGACUGCACUGACUGCAUUAAUGGAUGUAGAGAGAAGACAUGGUAAGUUCAAGCCAGUGAUCAAGAAGGCAAUGGUGGAGCUUGAAGGUGCACCAUUUAUAAAGUUUGCUUCCAUGCGAGACGAGUGGGCCAUAAAGAACAGAUACAUCAGCCCAGGUCCAAUUCAAUUUCAUGGUCCUGGAGCCAAUGAUGUCAAUCACACUUUAUUGCUGGAGCUUGGUGCCCAGGCGUAGAGACCUGCGUGGCGGAAGCCUUUUUUUAAAAAAAAACCUUAUGCUGUGAGAGGAAUUAGAGCCCGUAAAUUCCCUUGUUUUCUAGUAGGGUGAAUAAGUCUUCCCGCAUUUACUACUUGAGUUGGGCAUCUGCUGGAAAUUGAAUAAUCACACUUUAUUGCCGGAGCUUGGCGCCCAGGCGUAGAGACCUGCGUGGCGGAAGCCUUUGUCUUGUUUUUCAAACCUUAUGCUGUGAGAGGAAUUAGAGCCCGUAAAUUCCCUUGUUUUCUUGUAGGGUGAAUAAGUCUUCCCGCAUUUACUACUUUAGUUGGGCAUCCGCUGGAAAUUGAAUAAUUACUUUUUGUGAUGAUUUUUUGCAACUGUUUUAUCA